AUGAGUCAUCUGCGAUGUGAUGCCGGAGCCAAUGGCGAGGUUGUAAUCGGAGAUCCUGAGAGCUACGAUGGGCGAGUUAUACUUUAUGUCAUCAAAGCCGAUCAAACGUCUUACAUCAACUACAUCAAACCCCUGAUUCUUGCAGAAGAGCUCCAGCUCCCACAUCUACUCUCCGUUAUUGAUACCAAGUCUCAGUGGGCUUAUGAAAUACAUCCAGAGCGCAUGGUCCCAGCUCUUCGUGACCAGGACCCGGAGAGCGGACAAACAGUCAACGUCUUCGAAGGGACUGCUUGUUUGUACUAUCUCUGCGAUCGUUUCGACACUGCAGGCGAUUGGAUUGGUAGAAAUGCUUUCGAGAAGGGCAACAUUCACGCUUGGACAGCAUAUCAGACGGCGGGCAUCGGGCAAGUAGCCUCCGCAACGGCGAAAUACUGGCUCUAUUUCCUUCGAGGCUAUCCCACGCGAGCGAAUCCCGUGCAGCUACCGCGUACGAUUCAAAAGCUGCAUGAAAAUACCGUGAAGCAGUGGGAUAUUCUUGAAGCACGCCUCUCCCACCAAAAGUACAUUGCCUUGAACGACAGACCAACGAUUGCUGAUCUGAGUUAUUUUCCAUUCGCUAUGCCGUGGAUGUUCAAGUUCUUGGAGGUUGAUAUGACGAAGUAUCCUCACAUCACCGAUUGGUCGGAGCGUAUGUUGGCCCGAGAUGCCGUCAAGAAAGUUAUGGAGAGUGCUCCCAGGAUUGGACAUUGA